AUGAUAUUUUUUUUUAUGAUCAUAUUAAUUAUACAGUUUAAAAUAUCCAGAGAAUAUAUGUUCAAAUAUGGCACAAACAAUGAAUUAUUAGUAGAAAGGAUUAAAAGGGGUAAGGAAGCAUUUUAUGAAAUUUUGAAAGCAAAAAAAAAAGCUGAAGAAGAAUAUGCAAGAAAAAAAAACAAAAGUGGAUAUAAAGAAUAUGAAGAUAGCUUGGAUGAUAAUAAUAUAUAUGUAAAGGAAAUAAAAUGCUAUGAAUAUGUACUUGAUCAGUUAAAUAAUUUAAAUAUGUAUAAUUGUAAUGAAAUAAAUGAAAAUAGUAAAUCAUUAUUAGCUUUAGCAAAAACAAAAUGUAUUUUUGUUAAAUCGAUUAGAAGUUUCCCGGAUGAAAAAUCAGGAUGCAUAUUAAAUCCAAAAAAUUUAAAUAAAUUGCAAAUAUAUUUAUAUAAUAAUAAUAUGUUUGAUCAGUUUCAAAAUGAAAAUAUUGCUGAAACAUUAAGUCUUGAUGAAUUAAGAAAAAUAGAAAAUACAAAAAAUCCAUGUCUUUAUGAUACCAAUCCAAAUGGAGAAUACCCUAAUAUAGCAGGGGAGUUGGCUUUAAAAAAUAAUGAAAAUAAUUACAAUAAUGCAAAUAAUACCGAUGAUCAUAACUUACGGUAUCAAAAUUAUACAGAUGAUUAUUAUCAUGAUAAUAAUAUGCCAAAUGAGAAUAACUCACAUAACGAUAUUAAUAUAAACAAAAAAUUAUGUGAAAAUUUAAAAUAUAAAAUUGUUACGAAUUGCACAGGAAAUGAUAAUAUGUCUGAUACUGCUUUUCAAAUAUAUCAUUCAGAAUUAAAUCAUAUUGAUGAUAUUUGUUUUUAUAUACAAUCAGUUGAAUGGAAUAAAAGAACCGAAGAAAAUAUUAACAGAUUGGCUGAAACCUCUCUAUACAUAACAAAGCAGAUGACCACAAAUUUAGAAAACAUGAAAUUAAUAGAACAUGCGCAAAUAAAGCAAAUAGAGAAUACAAAUAGAUUUGAUAACUUUUUAAAAGGGCUUAAAAGUGAUUUUAGUGAUAUUAUAGCAAUCUUAUCAAGCAUAAAAAGACAUCACGAAUCUAUUAGCACCCUUUUUGUAACAUCACGAAAUUAUGCAUACAACAGUAGAACAAAGAUUAUUUCGUGUAUUUUUUUUUGUUUUUUGAGCGAGCUAUUAUUUAAAAAAAUUGUUAUGUUCAUUCAAAAAUAUAUGUUUUUAAUGAUUAAUGAUAAUAUUGUUAAUUAUUCAAUAAAAGGAAUAAGAUAUGCUUUUGCUGGAGUGUGUCUAAAAGUGCUUAUAAGCACAAUGAUAAUGUAUAAGGAGCCCGCAAAAAAAAUAGAAGAGGAGUUGAAGUAUAUAAAAGGUCUUAUUGAAAAUAGACCAGAAAAAUAUAAAUACAUGACGUCAGAUAACGAAAGAAAUGACGUCAAUAUAGAUCAGCAUACAGCUAGUAUUCUAAAGUUAUGGUUAAAUUAUAACGAAGAUCUUGAUAAUAUAUAUGAUGAUGAUAAAGAUUUCAAUAUAUGCAAUAUUAGUGAUGCCGAAAUAAGUAGCUCAGAUACAUCCCUUGCCAGUGAAAAUCUAUCGUCCGAAGAAAUAUUUGAAUCAAACGAUGAAUCUAUUGGAAGACGAAUAAAAACAAUGCAUAGGAAAAAGCGUCCGUCAUUUUUUCAUUAUUUUCCAUCACCAAGAAAUGUAACGGCAUACACCGAAAACCCGAUUACUUUCAUAAAUAUAAUAAAUGAAAAACAUAAGGAAAUAAUGAAAAUGCGAGCCAAAAGAUUAAAAAAUUUUGGGAGUAACGAUUAUAGUGAUAACAAUGCAACAAUCAUGGAAACAAACGAUGAAAACUCACCACUUAAUUUAUCUGAUUUGAACGAAAACAUGAAAAAGUAA